AUGUUGUCGGUUCUUCCCAUGGGCCUUGCCCUCCUCGGUGCUUCUACCGUCCUCGCCCAGACGCCUCCCUCAUGCUCCCUCACCCAGAAGUGCCCCGAGAGCGCACCAUGCUGCUCCCAAUAUGGCCAAUGCGGUACCGGUGCCUUCUGCCUCGGCGGUUGUGAUCCCCGAAUGUCCUUUUCUCUCGACGCCUGCGUUCCCGCCCCCGUCUGCCAGGACAAGAAGAUGUCCAUGAACUCGCUAGACAAGAUUGUUGAUAUCAGCAAGUACUACGGUGAUCCGAGCAAGGCCGACUGGGUUUCUCAAGGUGAGCCCGCGCUGUACAACAAGGAGGCCGUUCUCCUCACGAUGCCCGCUAAGAGCGUCGGAACUGUCCUUGCCUCCUCUACCUACCUUUGGUACGGUAGUGUCUCCGCAAAGAUCAGGACAUCGCGUGGUCCUGGUGUCGUGACAGCUUUCAUCUUGUAUGGCGACGUGAAGGACGAGAUCGACUACGAAUGGGUCGGCGCCGACCUGGAAAUGUCCCAGACCAACUACUACUUCCAGGGUAUUCCCAAGUACGACCAGUCUGGCAAUAUCUCCCUCUCUGACACGUUCAACAACUGGCACACGUACGAGAUUGAGUGGACCCCCGAUGAAAUCAAGUGGAUGGUAGACGGUCAGGUUGGCCGAACCAAGAAGCGCUCCGACACAUGGAACGCGACUGCCCAGCAGUGGGACUUCCCUCAAACGCCCGCCCGUGUCCAGCUGUCCAUCUGGCCCGGUGGUGCCGACACCAACGCCAAGGGUACCAUCGACUGGGCCGGAGGUCCCAUCAACUGGGAGCACGAGGAUAUCAAGAAGAACGGAUACUUCUAUGCCAUGGUCAAGGAUGUCGAGAUCAACUGCUACAAUGCCAAGAGCUCUCCUGGCACCAACAGCAAGAAGAGUUACUACUACAACAGCAUGAAGGCUACCAACGACACUGUUGUGGACAGCGACAAGGACACCAUUCUGAAGAGCUUUCUCGGCACCGGUCUCGACAUGAACGCAGGUGCCUCAUCGGCUUCCGGCACCGGCACCGGCACCGCGGCGCAGCCUACCGCCUCAGCAGCCACGAUUCCGGGUGGAAGCAGCUCUGGCACGGGCAACGACCACAGCGACAGUGGUAGCAGCUCAUCCGGCUCCGGGUCUUCUGGCUCAGGCUCCGGUGAUUCAUCCGGCUCCGGUUCCGGCAGCAGCAGCGGUUGCGGAAACAGUGGCUUCUCGCAAGACUGCAACAGUGGCUCCAGUGGCAGCUCUGGCUCAACAAGUGAGGGCUUCCGCCGUGAAUCCUCUUUCGGCGCCAGCGCCUUUGCCGCACUUGUGGCUGCCACUGCUCUCUUCUGGCUAUGA